AUGGCUACUCACCGCAUACUCAAACAGUUUUCCAUCUUACCACCUCAGCACACUCCCGUGCCACCAUGGCUACUCACCGUGUACUCGAACAGUUCCAUCUUACCAGAGAGGCAUUUGACUGGGUCAUUGGCGAAGUGGAAGCCAAUCUCGUCCUCAGCACACUCCCGUGCCACCAUGGCCACUCACCACAUACUCGAACAGUUCCAUCUUACCACCUCAGCACACUCCCGUGCCACCAUGGCUACUCACCACAUACUCGAACAGUUCCAUCUUACCACCUCAGCACACUCCCAUGCCACCAUGGCUACUCACCGCAUACUCGAACAGUUCCAUCUUACCAGAGAGGCAUUUGACUGGGUCAUUGGUGAAGUGGAAGCCAAGUUCAACCAGUCAUUAGUGAACCCGGGAGAGGUGUAUGGCACACUUGCUACAACAAUAUCCUGGGUUUCAUCAGCAAUGCGCCGAUCAUGA